GUUUGUGAUAGUUGCCCAGUGCUUUGGAUCUGCUGUGAUUGAAGAUACUUGGCAUUAUUUCCUGCAUCGACUACUUCAUCAUAAGAGAAUAUAUAAAUACAUUCACAAAGUACAUCAUGAAUUUGUUGUAUUUAUGUUUCUUUUUAGUGGCUAUGAUAUUCCUCUGAAUCCUUUACAUUUGCUGCCCUUUUAUGCUGGAUCCCGCUUUCAUGACUUCCAUCAUACGAACUUCAAUGGCAAUUACUCUUCAACUUUCACCUGGUGGGAUAAACUCUUUGGUACUGAUUCACAGUACAAUUCUUACAAGGGGAAAAUGAAGAAAGAGAAAGACACAGUGGAAAAGAAGAUAGAAUAAAUUUCCCAUUUGCAACACUCAAUGGCGGGAUCAAAGAGGCUUAAAACUAGAAAACGUAACAAUUAUUGCAAUUCAAAACAAAACACAGCUAUUAACAAACAAACCAAGCUUAGGUUUGCAGCAGGAAAAACAUUCAUUGAUGCAUUUUCCAAAUGAUUGUGCUUUUUCUAUCCUAUAGAUAAAUUAAACAAAUACUGUACAGUAUAUAUAUUAAAAAAAGGUUAAAUAUGACCAAAUGAUUGAAAUUAUGUAAAAAAGAUAUACAUUAAAAUUAAAAUGAGGGGUAUUUUGCAUUAAUGUAAAGCCUAAAGUUUAGAAAGGACAGCUACACUGAGUUCACCAAGUAAAACCUUUGUGGAAAUCCUCUUUCCCAAUUAGGUAUAAAAAAAAGUAUAUUUAAGAAAGCAUCUUUCUUACAAAGAAUCUUUUAACUUGGUUAUUAAUGAAUGUUAUUGUAAUCUGUAUUACACAUAACUGUAAAUUGCUGAUUUGAUUAUUACAGUAAGAUAAUUUGUCUUAUAGUAGCUGUGGUUGAUUUUUUGUCAUG